CGCCCUCGGCCCGCCACUGCGCCUGCGCCGCGCCCGCCGGGGCCCGGGGCUCGGCGGCCAUGGGGGAGGCCGAGGUGGGCGGCGGCGCCCCGGGCGACAAGGGCCCCGGGGAGGCGGCCACGAGCCCGGCGGAGGAGACGGUGGUGUGGAGCCCCGAGGUGGAAGUGUGCCUCUUCCACGCCAUGCUGGGCCACAAGCCCGUGGGUGUGAACAGACACUUCCACAUGAUUUGUAUCCGAGACAAGUUCAGCCAGAACAUCGGGCGGCAGGUGCCCUCCAAGGUCAUCUGGGACCACUUGAGCACCAUGUACGACAUGCAGGCGCUGCACGAGUCCGAGAUCCUGCCUUUCCCGAACCCAGAGAGGAACUUCGUGCUGCCAGAGGAGUUCAUCCAGGAGGUCCGGGAAGGAAAGGUGAUCAUGGAAGAGGAGACGAGGGAGGAGAUGAAGGAAGACCUUGACCCCCACAGCGGGGCUGACGAUGCUAAACAACACGUUUGUCAGUUUUCUCAUCCUCAGGGAGCUUGGGCAAAGCAGCAGAGAAGUCCAGCAAGGACAGGGACAAGGGCUCCGAGCUGGGCUGCAAAGACGCGGCAGACAAGCGCAAGCGCAGCCGUGGUACGGACAAGGUGCUGACGGCCAACAGCAACCCCUCCAGCCCCAGUGCCGCCAAGCGGCGUCGCACGUAGCCCCUGCGUGCC